GUAACAUGCCGUGGAACCUCACAAUUCCCAUCGAUCCGACCGUUUGCGUACGUGCCGCGACGCAACGUCGCCGCUGGCGGUGAGUUUGACACUAGGAAUUAGGUCUCGUUGCGUCAGCUGUAACGAGCGAGACCGCCGCGCGAGUGAGAGUCGCGCGCGCUUCUUUCCGCGAGCCGCGACUCGCGAUAACAGUCGGGACGAUGGGGUUAGGCAGCUUCCGAUGGCGACUUGUCAUCGUUCUCGUCAUCGGUUUAUUGCUUUGGCAGACCUCGAAGAUUUGGUUGGCGUUCCUGGAAGGCGAUGCUGCCGUCUCCGAGCAAGAGCUUCAGAUGGAUCAAGCGGUGACACCGUUGAGCCAAAAGGACGAUCUGACUCGACAAAAAGUACACGUGGCCGUGUAUUACGAAGCAUUAUGCCCGGAUUCGCGUAGUUUUAUUUUGAAACAAUUAGGACCAACGUAUCGGACACUUUCGACGAAUAUUGAAGUCGAAUUGGUACCGUACGGAAAGGCUACGACGAUGAAGACAAACGAUGGAUAUCAAUUCUCGUGCCAACAUGGACCUAUCGAGUGUCAAGCUAACAUCGUACACGCAUGUUCCAUCGACGUUAUCAAAGACUCGUCGAUACGACUGCAAUUUGUCAUUUGCAUGAUUGAAAAUAACAUAGACCCGAUAGGGAUAAUGAAUAAGUGCGCCGAACGUAUAUCCGUGGACUUGGAGGCCAUAAAAGAGUGUUCGAACAACGAAAGGGGGAAGGAACUCUUGGCAAACUACGGAAAGAUGACGAACUCGCUUGCACCACGAGUAUCUUUUAUACCGACAAUUACCCUCGAUAGGAGCUCCGAGCACCAAGUAAGGAUAUUGAAAAACUUGUUGAAGGAGGUGUGCCUGCACUUUAAAAUUAUACCAAAACAGUGCUUAUCGUGAAAGAAUACGAAUAGGUGCGACGACACUAGCGAAACAUAUCCACGUAAUCAUCGAAUUUUGUUAUCGUGUUGCAUAAAAAAUUUUAAAGUAAAUAAAAAAUAUAAUAUUUUUGAAAGAAAGCUAUUUUAUCCUUUGUUAAAAGAUACCCGACAUCUCUUGGUAAAUUUAAUAUCGCGAUAUAUAACUAAUUAUUACAUAUACAAUAUAAUUACAUUGGUAAAUUAAUAAAUUUUCUCUCGCAAUGUAAGAAGAAAUUUCAUAGAGCGUACUCUCUGCUAUUAUCAAAAAAAUAUUCUAUUCCCGUUUUAUUCGCGUUGAUACUCUAUAUAUCAGGCCGUUAUCGUUUAUUUCGGGGAGAUAAAAUCGCUUGUAUUAUAGAUAAACACCAGUUUGCUCCCAUAUAAGUAUAUAGGAACAAUUUAUUAACUUAAUAUCAACACUUUAUACAAACUGUGCCGCUUUAUUAUGUACGACAAGAAGUGAAGAACGCCUUUGAGAGAUAUACGGCAGAGAAUAUACUUACAUACAAUAGAAACAAUGUUCAAAUUGGAAUCUGAAGAAAUUAAGGUGUUUAUUAAAAUCGCGAAUAGCUAUAGCCAGUAAAAAAUAAAAAAAAAAAAUAAAAUAAAAAAGAAACCACC